AUGAUAAAAACUAAUGAUGAUUAUAUUGAAAAUUCCGAAAAUUAUACUUAUAUGUCUCACUUUAUUGACGAUUCCUCAAUUAACAUAAAUGAGUGUACCCAAGGUACGCAAUUAACUAACGAUUUGUUGAAACAUUCCAUUCAUAUGGAAUCUAUGCGCGGUUCAGAGCUUGAUAAUAAAUAUAACACGGGUGCUGGUAAGGGGAAGAAGCGUUUAGCGUGUAAAAAUUGUAGGCGUAGAAGGAAGAAGUGCGACCUGCUGUAUCCCUGCUCAAGUUGUUUAAGAUUGAAAUUGGAAUGUAACGUGAAUGAAGAGGAUCUAAGAAAAAAGCGCUACUCAAAUAGCUACGUGAAAACGCUUGAGAGUCAUAUUGCGUAUUUGGAGCAUAAGGUGAAACAAAUGAGCGAUAAAAUGACUUCAGAGGCGAGUUAUAAUAUGAAUGAUGAAUAUAGGCGGCCUGAUGACAGAGAGCUGAUAGAUGUUGGACUAACUAGUCGCAAAAACGGGGACGAAUUCGGGGCUGUUGGGAGCGCUCAGACUGGUGUCGACACUAAGAAGUCGUUAUUUGGUUCUGUACCUUUUAUAGAUGGCAAUAAAGAUGAUCCAUCGUCACCGGACGUGGCUAUGUCAUUGCCCUCUGGUGGAACUCCUGAUGACCAUGAGGAUCCCAAAUUAAAGCAGUUCGCCAAUAGCGGCAUUUAUCCUGGAGGACCUGUUUGUUACAAGCCUAGAUUAAAGGACGGUAAUGAAAACGAAGAAAAAGCACAACGAAUCAAUGAAAUGAAAGCAGCUAUCCUGAAACGCUCACGGGAAGAAAAUACCGGUCCGCCGCUUAACUCCAACCCUACGAUUUUGAAAUGCUUGUAUAAUUUCUACACCUGGCUGUAUCCUGGUCAAUUCAUUUUUGUCCAUCGCGCAUCCUUCUUGUAUGGCUUCUUCAACAACAGCGAGGGCAACUACGAGAACUCCCAGUAUUGUCCAGAAGAACUCAUAUACGCUAUGGUUGCCAUUGGCUCUCGCCUAAUGCCUGACCAACAAAAGGAAAGCGAAGCAUACUACAAACUAGCGAAAGACAAGAUGCUGGGAAUUGUUUUCGACGAAGAGCAAGUAGCGACAAAAAUCAUUACAGUGCAGGCAUUGUUAUUUUUAGCCUUCUACGAGCUUGGAAAGGGCAACAACCAGCAAGCAUGGUACCUCAGUGACCUUGCAAUACGAGUUGGUGAUGAUCUUGGUUUCGAACUUGACCCAAAGGUCUGA